UAUGUGACCCUACUUUUUUAUAUUGAUUUUAUAAUAAAAUGUGAGUGAGGUGAGUUAGUGGAAUGUGUGACCUACUUAUAAUUUAUGGUAAAAAUGAAAGUGUGACAAUUAUCGUGGAACAGAUUGAAAUGGAAAAGAGUGACAAUUAUUGUGGGAUGAGCUAUAUGAUACGUAGCAUCACAACCCAAACAUACAUGUUACAAUUAUCUCCGCCAUACUACAUACAUACAUACAUCACGUACAUUUUACAAAAAAUAUCUCGUGACUUUUUUUUUACUAAUUAAAUACUGUAGGGAGUAGUAAUUUGGAAGAAUAAUGAAAUAUUGGAAAAGAGAAAAAUUAAUUAAAUAUUGGAUGAGAAUUGAGAGGUAUGAUCGUGUUGAAACCUGUACAAAUUUUGAAAUUAGGGAGGAGUACUGUACUCCAUGAAAAAGGAAGCGAACGGCCUUGUUUGUCUACUCUGUCUCUAGCAAGAUCAAAACAGAAUCGCCCUACUCCUCUCUCCAUUCCUCAAUUCAGGGUUUUAAAACGGAUUGGGAAAUUUGAUUGCGGCGUGCUUGUAUUCCAUUCACAUUCAUACCCUGCAUGCACUGCAGCACGUCCCAGGCGUUAAUGGAGGCAACUGAUGCCACGUCACCAUACGACCUAGAGUACAGAGCCAGCGAGGACGACGCCUGGUACAGCGUGUGCGUCCUUCUCGACGCCGGCGCCGAGAUGCUCACCGUCAAAUACAUGUGCUCGCCGGAGGUCUACGAAAUUGUCUUCCACGCCUCGAAAUUCCGAACCGAGUCGGAGGUGGAUGAGCUCGUUUCCCGCUUCAGACCGGUUUCGCACCAGUUGCAGGAUCACGAGUGCCUCAAGCUAUCCGUCGGAACCACUGUCUGCGCCGCACAUGGCACCACCGAUGAUGACCUCAGGUUCUACGACGCCGUUGUUGAUGCGGUGUACCGAAGGACACAUUCAUGUGUUGGUGGGGAAGAGGAGUGUUUGUGCUCCUUUGUGCUAUUCUGGAAACAUGGCCGUGGUCGUGGUACCUUGACAUCUGUUAGUAUAGCCAGUAUCUGUUUUUUAGAUACUGCAACUCACAUUGAUCCUAGAAUCAUUGCUUUUGCAAAAAUGGCUAGGAAGAGUCACGCAUCUAUUAGAAAUGAUUCUGAAUCAUCUCAAAAGAGACCCCUGGAGUCGGAGAUCAGGAUGAGGCUUAAAAGUCAAGCAGAUGAAAUGAAAGAUUCAGCAAAGGAUAGCAGUUAUAACCAAUGCACAAAUCAAGAUGAAGAUAUGGGACCGAAACCUUGCAACACUAAUGAUUUGGCUACGAGUGAUGAUCACUUUUUUAUAUUGAUCAAUAAUCUGGAGAAAGGCCUAACUGCAUCAGUGAUCAAGAGCUUCAUUUUUGAGAAAACUACUAUUCUGGCAGAAGCAUAUGUGUUUCCAAGUCUGGUCUCAGACCCAUUUGCAAGGGGCGCCAUAAUGGUGGAUAGUCAAACGAAGGCUCAGACUGUACAUGAAUUCUUGGACAGUCCAAAACACUUUGUUGUGUCUUCAAAAGGAAGGCCAUGGGUUAUCACCCAAAAACCAUCGGCAGGCACAUUUGGAGCAAGUAUAAGGAACAUACUCCCUGAGGAAAUCAAUCAUAAAAGAACUGACAGAGAACUGGAAGUAAUUGUAUCAGGAACUAAAUCUUACGAGAGCGCAAAACAGUUAAGAGACUUGGUAAUUGAUUUUCUAUAUCACCAAUCAGUAGUUUCCAAGAGACUAGUUUUUCUAGAAAAGAAAAUCUUGUGGUCGUGAAUCAUCUUAGAUAGCCAUAGUCAAUGACCCUUGCCGGUGUAUGAUGUCUUAAAGUUUAUGCUAACCACGGCAUGCAACAUGCCCUUUUGUGUGGCAAGCUCUUCCCUUGUCCUUUCUGACCAAAGCUGAUACUUUACAUGAUUCAAAUACUGUUAUUUGUCAUAGGCCUCACCAAUAUCUUACCCCAUAGCAAGCACAGUGGGGAUUACCUUUGGGGAUGAUAUACAUAGGCCUCAUUUAUUUUGCUGGAUAAUGGUAGAUUACUAUGUACUGUCAAACCAUCCAAUAUCUAGUUUACUUGAUUUUGCAUCUGUCCAAUAUCUAGUUUACUUGAUUUUGCAUCUGUGGAUGACCAAAUGUCCUUAAUCAUUUUGGGUGAUUGAAUAUGUGAUAUUAUGUUAUAGAUCAAUAUUUACCUUUCGUACAUUUUUUUUUGAUAUCUUCAUCCACUGUUUUCAUUAUUUGAUUUGUUUUUAGUUGUUAAUAGAGAAAGAAAUAUACUCUCUCUGUCCCACUCUAAUAGACACAUUAACAGACACUUUUUCUCUCUGGUAUGAGAUUUUAUGCAAUGUUGUUUUGUGAAUUAAGUGGGACAGAUGGAUUAGUAUUUUCUCAAUAGAGAGAGUAAUCCAAGUAAUUUACUUUCUUCAACUCACCAAAAAAUAAAAUAUAAAACUUUACGAGAGUUCAUUGUUGGAGAUGUUGUCAGUUCCCAAAGAUGGUAAAAGAUGCAGGAUUCUUGAUUCAUCUGUUUAUGAUUUCAGUUAUCUUGGUCGAGAUCUAACACUCUCCUAUUCACUAUAAUGCCAUAUCUACGAGAUCUAACUUAAUGCCACUUCUGCGACAUGUGUUUAGUAUGUGAAUAGAAACAACAAGAUCCCAUUUGAAAAAAAUCAAAACAGAAGGCUGUGUGUAACAUUUGCUGGUACAAGGUGGUAGUGGUUUGGUACACAAGCACAGAUUGUCAGCAUAUGCAUCUUCACAGAAAAUGUUAUAAGUUCUUCCUUGUGGGAUCUUCCCACACAAUCUAUAAACCCUGACAUUUGCAUGCUUCCGGGCUUCGAUUCCCAGCAAUCUCUUUGGAAUUUUUCCCAAGAGCUUGUUCAAGGAUAUGUCGAGACAACUCUACUUUCCCUACGAGCUUCUCAUAGGAAUUCGUUCUGCUAUUUGGUUUCUUGAAAUGUCAACCCCUUCCAACUUAGCCAGUUUGAAACUGAACUUGGAAUAUGACCUAAAAUCUUGGUGCUUCCUAUGUUGAGUACUUUUAAGUUGUUUAUUGGUUGCCAAGUAAUUUGGGGAGUGAGAGAGAGCAAUGCAAUCGGUUUUAUUGGAGAUCGAGAAUGGUGAUCUGCUUUGGGAGUUUGAUUGAUGAGGGAUCUGAUGUGAGUAAGUUGAAUCUUCCCAGUUUCCAAGUUUGUUAUGUUCGACAUUAAGCUUGAAAUCCCUUUUGUCAGAUAAUUCUAAUGUGGUCAAGAAUUCGGGAUUUGUGAAGUUUGGUAGUGCUCAUUUGAUCUUGCAGCCUGCUAGAUGAACAUCAUACAGUGCCUCUUCCUGAUCCAAUCAGGGAUGGUCUGUAAAUCGAGAUCGUUGCAAGAAAGAUCUACUGAUAGUAGAGAAGGAAGCCUUUUAUCAAAGCUAUGUCAGGCAGAUUAUAUGUGAGCAUGUUUAUUGACAGAUUAAGAUUCCACAUGUUAUGCAGCUUUACUUUACAGUGGAAUUGGUAACUGACCGUGAGCUUAUUCAAGCUUAAUCUCUAUACAGAAACUAACUUCAGAUUCCCUAUUUUUGUUGGGAUUCUUCCAAUGAGUAGUACUAUAUUGGUAUCUGGUUCAAAAACUUGUGCUGGUGAAGCCAAGAUGUCAGAUUGAGGGGGCCUUCAAAAAAAUCUGGGAUGGAUCCAGGCAAUGAAUUGAAACUGAGAUCAAGAAACUGAGUGUUUAUCAAUGCAUAAAAACUUGUGGGAAGUGGACCUGUGAGUCAAUUCAUUGAUGGACUAAGCUACAACAGAUUCCUUUAAUUCCCCAAAGUUGAUGGAAUGUUUUCCUAAACUGGACUGGAUUGUUAGUAUCUUCAAGAUCAAGGUACAUGAGAUUGGAAAAACAGUGGGGAAUUGUUCCUGUAAUGUGCUUCAUCCUGCCAAUCAUCAUACCUCCAAGAAUUAAAGAUUGCUGAGUGAACGAGAAGUGCCCCUCACGAAGAGGGCUUGUGAUGAUGGUGCUCUGUCAGCUUUGGAACAGAUGAUCAUUAUGGGGUCUUCCUUUGGAAUGAAGAAUGCUGUGAUCAGAAACUGCAUUUCAGAUAUAGAGUUGGAAAUAGAGUUGAAAACAUGAGAAGUGGAGCUCUUUACAUAGAUGUGUGUAAAAAUCUCAGUGCAAGCUGGUGUGUAUUUGAGCUUAUUGGUCUCACUGAAACUUAAUCUGUUUUAAUG